GGAAGAGAAGGGGCAGGCCGGCCGUGCAAUCUCCGCUGUAGUCUUCCCGCUCGUUGUUGCGCUGUUGCAUCUGCAUAUCGAUGGAUGACAAGGCUGGUGCCUCCGAGAAACCGGCGUCCUCGCCGGCGUCAGAUGCGCCAUCACACGGCAGGCUGGAGUCCAUCCGUUCGAAUGCUCAGCCGCCGAGGUUUCAUGCCAACGCGCCACCGACAGCGGCGACCCGCACGAAGCCGAAGUUCAUCCGUGAGGCGUCCAACGCCAAGAAGAGGAAGGGCGACGGCGACAAUGACGACAAGAAGAACGAGGCCAAGAUGAGCAGCAGCGACGGCGACAAAACGACUGAGGAGAAGGACAAGAAGAUCGACGGCAAGGAGGGCGGCGUCAUGAAUGAGGACGAGGGCAGCAACAACCCGCCUCCGCCCAAGAAGCGCAAGCGUCUCAAGAAGCAGGUGGACGACGACGAGGAGGAGCGGUUGGCGGCCAUCGAGGAGGAGAAAAGGCGCAGGCGGGAGGAGAAGGAACGGGAGGAGGAGGAGCGCUGCCUCAGGGAGCUGCAGCAGUGCCGCGACAUCUCGCAGCAGAUGGUCGCUGCCAUGGUGGAUGCGCUGGGCGGGGAGGAUGAGGGCAACAGGGAGGCCAUACGGGCCACCUUUAGCGAGGGCAGGUGUCACGCCAGUGAGGCCUUCGUCGAGGAUGAGGGAGUGGAGGCUGCGGCGGGUGGUGUGUGGGAGCGGCUCAAGGAGUACCAGAAGGCCGGCGUCAUGUGGAUGAUGACACUCCACAGACACGACCGCAAUGGCAUACUCGCAGGUGGGCGGGCGGGCGGGAGGGAGAGAUGGAUGGGAGAGACGACACACACACGCGCAUCCACACACACACACAUAAUGUUCUGUAUCCAUUUAGAUGAGAUGGGUUUGGGCAAGACGGCUCAGACGCUGGUGUUCCUGCAGUGUCUCUACAAGCAGGAGGACACGGCUCCUGAGAACGCCAGUCUCAUCCUGGCCCCGGCUGGUCUGAUUGAGAACUGGCUGGCGGAGAUCCGCCGCUUCUCGCCCGACCUCAAUGUGCUCAAGUACCACGGAUCGCAGAAGGAACGAAACGACGCUGGGGUGAGUGAGUGAGUGCACGAGUCAGCAGGCAGGCACAUCCCGCCAUUCUCCCUUCUUUACGUGUGUGUGGGUGGUGGCGUCAGGUCAAGUUUGACUGUCAGCACCCGCAGCCGUAUGACAUCAUUCUGACCACCCCAGCGGUGUUCCAGUCGGACAAGAGCUUCUUCCGCAAGAAGGCCUUCGAGUACGCCAUCGUCGAUGAGGCGCACGGACUCAAAAACGCAGAGAGCAAUCGCACCAGGUGGGGGGAGGGUGGGUUAGAGGGAGGGAGGAAGGGCAAAGGAUGGCACAUGAGUGGUGAUGUUCUCGUGUGUGGUUCGGUGUCUGCAGGGCGUUCAGCAACACCAAGAUCCUCAACGCCGAGAGGCGACUGCUGCUCACUGGGUGGGUGACGCCACACAACACACAACACACACGCACAAGGACAUCAAGACACACUCAUCCUUUCCUUUCAGGACGCCCAUCCAGAACGACACUGUAGAACUCCGCCAGCUGUUGACUUUGGUCAUGCCGACCCUCUUCACGAUGGAGAACCUCGAGCAGGCCACCAGGGCGUACUGCAACGCAUACGCGGCCGAGAGGGCCCUGAUGCAGCACAAGGGCGGCGCGAGUGAGACCAACGGUGCGGCAUCGUCAUCGGCAUCAGCAUCAGCUUCGGCAUCGGCAGCAGUGGGCGAGGGCAGCGGCAGCAGCGAAGUGCAGCCGGAGGUCCGGUUUCUGCAGGAGAUCCUGGCGCCAUUCAUCCUCAGGCGACUCAAGGCUGAGGUGAGCUCGCCCACCACACCACACCCCACUACACAAGACACACAUGUGUGUCGCGUGCGGUUCCUCUCUCUCCUCUGUCUGUCUGUCAGGUGACUCGUGACUUGCCGUCCAAGAUAGAGAUAGUGGAGCGGUGUCAGAUGGAGGGGCUGCAGCUGGCCCUGUACCGGCAGCAGCUCGACUCGGCCCGCUCGUCGUUCGCCGAGAACCUCAAGGCGCUCCCGGGGCUGCGGGGCAAACACAAGGACAAGGACAGCAGCAAGGAGCAGGAGGGCGACGCCGACGGCAAGAAGGACAGUAGAGAGGAGGAAAUGGGCGAGGAGGGCAGGGUGCUCAAACAGGUAUGCCGACACAGACACACACACACACACACAUGGGUGGAUUGGGUGGUGUGUGGUGUGUUCUUCCGUGUGUUGCUCAGUUGCUGGCCAACACCCAGGCGGCCAAGAAGCACGCAUCCCGGUUCAAGUUCGUGGGCAGCCUGCUGGCGCGGCUGAGGCGGGUGUGCAACCAUCCCCUGCUGCUGCAAGGACACUACACGCCCAACCAAAUCAGGGUGAGUCAGCACGACAGACGCAACACCAACCUGCGCAACCACAUGCACUCUCUGUGUGUGUCUGUGUCUGGGCAGCGCUUGGCCGAGCAUUUGGUUCGUCGCGACGAGAACUACGUGACCAAGCCUCUGGCGACGGUAGAGGACUACCUCAAGAGCCACAGCGACUUCGAGAUCCACCAGCUGGUCAUGACGCACCCCGCCGUCAGCGACAUGCUCAUCCCGCCCGACAAAUUCCUCGAGUCGGCCAAGAUCAAGUGCGUGAGGCGAGAAAGAAACGAGCCCAUCCAUCCAUCCAUGCAUCCAUUGCUUGUGUGUUGUCAUGUCUGCAGGAGGAUGCUGGAGCUGCUCGACGAGCUCGAGGCCAGCGGCGAGAAGGCGUUGCUCUUCUCGCAGUUCACGACCUACCUGGACGUCAUCGAAUACACGCUGUCUGUGCACCGGCCGUCGAUGCGGCUCCAUCGGCUGGACGGCAGCACCCCCAUCGCCGAGCGGACAGAGAUCGUGGAGAGCUUCUCGACCAAGCCUGAGGUGCGGAUGCUGCUGCUGUCCACCAAGGCCGGCGGACACGGGCUCAACCUCAUCGCUGCUAAUCACGGUAGGUACCCAUACACAAGUAAAGGUCCCUUCAGGAGGGGGACGGGAUGGCUGUGUGUAUGGUAUGGUCGUGUGUGUGCUGCUGGCUGUCUGUUGUGUGUGCUGCUCUUUCUUCAGUGAUACUGAUGGACCAGGAUUGGAACCCACACAACGACCGACAAGCCGAGGACCGCGCACACCGCAUCGGUACGUACGGAUGUGGAACACAUCACAUACACACACAGACACACACACAUAUGGACGGAUGGAGCCCCAUGCAACCCAAUUAACGGCCAUGUCAUUGACACCUACCUGCACUGACUGCACACAGGCCAAACCCGUGAGGUCAAGGUGCACCGGGUCCUGUGCCGGGCGUCCGUCGAGGAAGCGAUCCUCAAGGUAUGUAUGUCAAUCGCUCAAUCUGCCAUCAUGUUCGUUGGCUGGCUGCAUCAAUCAAUUGUUGCUGUGUGUGUGGGAUUCUGUCUGUCUGUGUGUAGUGCUGCCAGCGUAAGCUUGAUCUCGAUGCAUCCUUUGGCGGCAACACCGACCUGCUGCAAGCCGCCAUACUGCAGGUAGCAGCCACACACACGCACAGCUGGCUGUGCGUUCAUGUGGCUGUGUGUCUGUGUGCCUGUGGCUGUGCAUCAGGAUUGUCUGUGUGGUUCAUCCCCGUCUGACAACGAGCAGCCCUCGCCGUCCCCCGCUGACCCUACCCCCACCUCCGCCCAGCAGCAGUCCUGAGGAGCAGCGGCAGGCAGACAGACAGCCAGACAGACAAAUAGACACAGACAGACAGACAGACAGGACCCUCAACAGUGUGGAUGAGACCAUGAAGGACAGGUGACGUGAGUGAGUGAAUUUCGUGGGUGCGUAUGUGGUGCGUUGACCUCCUCCUUGACUGAGGUUUUGACACUGAGUGAGUGUUGUGAAUGUCCGAUGCAUUCGGAUUGUCCGCUCAGUGCGCUCCUUGCCCUGUCCGUGUCCGUCAAACAUA